AUCCUUCAACCCUUCUGACCGCCUCUACAUUCCAAAUCCUCCCCGUGUAACCCACCAAACAACAUCUCCAUCACCAAAACACGAGGUCAGAGGCCUAGGGUCUGGCGCUAACCCGGAUACGGAAGUACCCGUGCCAAGACAACCCUUGCAUAAGAUAGCUUGCCAGCGCAUCUCUUCAAAACAUCAAACCGUUCCUCGCCACCACACACCCAUCGCCCUGCCCCUCGAUUCCCCGCCCCCAUAAUAAUCUGAUCUGACCCAACGAAGACAAUGGAGUCCAUUCAGCGAAUCUUAUUCAUUGCCCCAAAAGUUCACAUCUACGCUGUUCCACCCUUAUCCAGUAACAGCGGGUACAAGGCCGGGGACUGGAAGGUCGACCAAGAAAAGUCGAGGAUAUUCACUGCUCGGAUUAGGAUUGUGGAGACGGCUACUGAGGAUGCGGAUGGGAAAGAGGAGAAAGUGUGCACGGAUAUUAGGCUUGAGGAUCCCAAGACUGGGGAUCUGUUUGCUAAUUGUCCCUAUGAAGUUUGUUCUUCUGCCCUCCCGAAUUCCUCAUUUAUAUGUCGAAUAGACUAGGCUAACGGUUCGUGUGCUAUCCUAAAGGGUGCCCAUUGUGUUGAACAAGUUAUUGACAGCUCGAGAUUUUUCGCUUUGAGAGUUGUUGACGGAUCACGUAAAGCUAUGCUCGGUAUCGGAUUCGAAGAACGCAGCGAGGCCUUCGACUUUGGCGUUUCUUUGCAAGAGGUCCGUAGACACAAUGAUAGCGUCACAGCCGGCGAGAAAGCAAGGAAGGCUGGGAAGCUGUCAGAAUUAUCUGAUGUUGAGGCAAAGGACUACUCCUUAAAAGAAGGGGAGACCAUCAGCAUUACAAUCGGAGCACGUCCCCCGGAUCAUCCCCCCACUUUUUUUGCGUCUGUCAUACUAAUCGACCAAACAGAACAAAGGUCGCCGCAGGGCGCCUUCUUCUCCGUCCCGCAACGCCGCCACUGGAGCCUUCCCUUUACCUUUCCUCCCACCACCACCCAGCGCGGAGGAUGUCAAGCGUAGACAGAGCCAACAUGGUGCCGAGGAUUUCGGAAAACUGGGAUUCGACGAUGACGCUUUUGGGGAUUUUGUCUGAUUGACGUGAGGAAAUGUUUUCUUUCUAUUCCCCCAUUAUAGGCUUCGUUUUCCUUAUUUACUUUGUCUGGGAAUGGGUAUGGGUAUAUGCUUUGGGAUUCCUCGGGCGUUUGAACUCUAGUUACUGUAUUCAAUUUCUUUCCCCCCCUUUUUUUCUUCUCCCUUGAAGUAACUUACAGCUGUUUUUGCUUGAUCAUGAUAUCUCACUCGUGAACCCGAAGGUGGUUUCUUAGUUGUCACAUGGGUGACACGGGUAGUGGGAAGGGCCUGUGGGCUGAGCAGGUGUUGGGAGGUACAAUGCGGCUUAAUGUAGUAGGAGAGACAACGAACGGUGCUCCAAUUUGGCUCUUGCUGGUGCAUUGUUCCCUAUCCCUUUGCUUCCUUGUCCACCCAACUACAUUCGUGCUGUAGGAGGUAGAGGGAAGACCUGGUAACUUUGUGUUUACUACGUGCCCCUGAAUCCUGGCUGGCGACUGGGUUCUGCACUUGCUAGAUGACACAUGGUGAACUCGGUCACAUAGGAAACGCACCCCCCCCGGUUCCCCGCGCAAAAAAAUCAGUUCCAAGAGGCACCUAUCUAUAGUGUCCAGAAAAAGUGUAAGAACUUCAGUAGUUUUUGUUUUUGACGGAGUUUAACUCAAAUAUCCAUAUAGUUAAAUGUCAGGCUACAGGAAUUGUUCUGCAACCGGGGGCCCCGGUUCUGGAGGAGGAGCGGAGAUCCACACCAUAACCAUUAAAUUGUAUGGGGGCUGCAUGGAAGCCAGGCAGCCCAGCUUCAUGUCCCGUAUCAGUAUCCGAGACUAUCAAUGAAAACUGAGAAAUUCAUAAUAUCAAGCUCCCUAUGGAUGCCCCACAUACUGCCAAGGUUCAGAGGAGGGGGUUUGUCGUGGUUGUUUUUGGCGGUCAAUUGAAAGUCGAAAUUUUGUUGAAAGCCUAGAUGGGGGUGGAUGGGGGCACGGUCCUUUCCUGUCAAGGUUAGAUUUACGGAAUGCGAGUUUUAGCGGAGAGCGUCCUCGAUAAGGUUUGGAAAUUUACAUAAAUUAGGAUAAAUUUACCGUGAUUUACGGGAUAUAAUUUACAGUUUACAAACAU